UUCAGUGCAGCAUUUCAUGGUGCAGGGUGUAAGAGCGGCGGGUUACUUAGGCGUUCUCUUCUCAUUUCACACAUGCGAGCCUGGCAAUCGAGAUGUUGUCUGUCGUUAUGCGUUUUUCGAUAUUAUCGUUGGUGUUUUUAUAUCUGGCUCCACCGGUUAAUUUGAGAAAGGUUUUCAGAUGCCCUUCUACGUGCACUUGUUCCAAGGAGUCUAUCAUUUGUGUCGGGUCUUCGUAUGUCCCGCGGAUUAUCCCAAAUGACAUCAAUUCGUUGAGCAUUGUAAAUGGGACGUUUUCCGAAAUAAAGGAGGCUAUGUUUUCACAUAUGCCUUCUUUACAAUUACUGCUUCUCAAUUCAAAUUCACUUACAACCAUAAGGGAUGAUGCGUUCUCUGGGCUUCCACACCUUGAAUAUCUAUUCAUAGAGAGUAACAAGAUAGAGACAACGUCCAGAUAUGCUUUCAGAGGGCUCCGAGACUUGACCCAUCUGUCUUUGGCAAACAACAACAUUAAGGCUUUGCCAAGGGAUCUCUUCAUUGAUCUGGACUCUCUGAUAGAGCUGGACUUGAGAGGCAACAUACUGGAGUGUGACUGCCGGGCCAAGUGGCUGAUGACCUGGCUGAAAAGCACCAACUCCACAGUGUCGGACGUGUUCUGCGCAGGCCCAGAUGAGAUGAAGGGCAAGCGGCUCAACGACCUCGGCAGCUUGCACAACGAGUGCAUCUCCACAGACUUUGUCCUCCAUCAGUCAGUGGCCUCAGAGUCUCUGUCCGUGGACACCUUCUCCUAUAAGAACGAUGUCUAUGUGGCCAUCGCUUCCCCCAGCACAGAGAGCUGCAUGGUCAUGGAGUGGGACCACAUCGAGAUGAACUUCAGGAGCUAUGACAACAUCACUGGACAGUCAAUCGUUGGGUGCAAGUCUGUCAUCAUUGACAAUCAGGUGUUUGUCAUUGUGGCUCAGCUUUUUGGAGGCUCACACAUCUACAAGUUUGAUGAAGACCAGAGCAAGUUCACCAAGUUUCAGGACAUUGAGGUGUCCAAGAUCUCCAAGCCCAACGAUAUCGAAGCAUUCCAGAUCGGCAGUGGCUGGUUCUUUGUGAUCGCCGAUAGCUCUAAGGCAGGCCUGUCCACUCUUUACAAGUGGAAUGACAAGGGUUUCUACUCCUUCCAGUCCCUUCACGAGUGGUUCCGGGACACGGAUGCAGAGUUUAUCAAUUUGGAUGGGAAGGCCCACCUCAUACUAGCCAGCCGCUCGCAGGUCCCGGUCAUCUACCAGUGGGAUAAGAGCACUCAGAAAUUUGUGUGGCAGGGCGAGAUCCCCAACAUGGAGGAUGUGGUGGCCGUCAAAGCCUUCAGGAUCAAAGAGGAGCUCUACCUUUCCAUGACCCGCUACAUCGGCGACUCCAAGGUCCUUAAGUGGACUAACAAGCAGAUCUCUGAGGUGCAGGCCCUUCCCUCGAGGGGUUCCAUGAUCAUGCAGCCAUUCUCUUUCAAGGACAGACACUACCUGGCCCUGGGCAGCGACUACACCUUCUCACAGAUCUACUUGUGGGAUGAGGAGAAGAAACUCUUCAACAAGUUCAAGGAGGUCUACAUCCAAGCUCCCCGGUCCUUCACCGUGGUGUCCACAGACCGCAGGGAUUUCAUCUUCUCCUCCAGCUUCAAAGGCAACACACAAAUCUUUGAGCACAUCAUCAUUGAUCUGAGCUUGUGAAUGUAGGCCAGGGCUUAGAGCUUGCCCUGGCCCCAGCCUCUUCCAUGGUCAAGUGGAGGUUUGAAAUAUUUAGAGAGAGGCUUCAUUUGUUAUUAUCAGGUAUGAAUUCAUAUUCUGUGGUUCCUGCAUUUGUAUAAAAGUUUUAACUGAAAUAAUGUAACCCUUGCGGCACUCUUUUAACUAUUUGAU